AAUGUGCAAGGGGGAAUCACAGCCAGGUUUACCCCACCACCGACCUGCGCGGCAGGCAGCGCACGCGCCCUGGGGUGGUUGGGAGCGGUUAGUCACCGUUUCACAGCGAGGUUGCGGGUUUCGUGGCGCAUGCGCAGCGCGAGGGUGGGCCGCUGGGAGUCCAGGUCUAGAGAGCGAGAGCCUAAGGGAUACCAUGUUGUGGUUUCGCGGCACCAUCCCGGCCGCCAUCGCCGCUGCCAAGCAACAGAGCUCGGUUUUCGUGGUCUUCGUGUCAGGUGAUGAUGAACAAUCCACACAGAUGGCUGCAAGUUGGGAGGAUCAGAAGGUGACUGAAGCAGCCUCAGAUGAUUUUGUUGCUAUUAAAAUUGAUAUCAAAAGCGAAGCAUGUCUACAGUUCUCACAAAUCUAUCCUGUAGUGUGUAUUCCAUCCAGCUUCUUUAUAGGAGAUAAUGGAAUCCCCUUGGAAGUAAUUGCUGGCAGUGUCUCUGCAGAGGAGCUUAUUACCAGAAUCCACAAAGUCAAACAGAUGCAUGCAGUAAAAAAUGAAGCACUAGAGAAUGGGAGUGAGUUGUCUGCUCCGAGUCCCUCCUUCCAGGCUAAGACCACUUCCGAAAAUGCUCAGUCCAGAAUGGUUGAGCUUUGUGAAACACAACUUGAGACAAUAACCACUUCUGACGAUAGAGCAAAUUCAGUCCAGGCAAAUCAAUUUCAGGAAUCAAAUAAUUCUUCAGAUGAGAGAGUGACUGAGCCACAGCCUGUGAAUGACCUUACAACCAAAAUGGAAAGAAUAACAAAAAAACUUGAAGAAAAACGAGAAGAGAAGAGGAAAGAGGAGGAACAGAAGGAAAUUAAGAAAGAGAUUGAUCGAAGAAAAACGGGGAAAGAAAUAUUGGACUACAGAAGACGACACGAAGAAGAAUUGACGAAGCGAAUGUUAGAAGAAAGGAGCAGAGAAAAGGCAGAAGAAAAAGCAGCUAGGGAGCGUAUAAAACAGCAGAUUGCAAUGGAUCGUGCUGAAAGAGCAGCUCGUUUUGCAAAGACAAAGGAAGAAGUAGAAGCUGCAAAAGCUGCAGCUCAACAAGCUAAGCAGGCUGAAGUGGAAGCUAGAAGAGAAGCCUCUCAGAAGGAAAGAAGUGCUAUAGCGAGAAUUCAGUUCCGCCUCCCAGAUGGAUCUUCCUUCACUAAUCAGUUUCCUUCUGAAGCCCCCUUGGAAGAAGCUAGGCAGUUUGCUGCACAGACCGUUGGCAACGCUUACGGUAAUUUUUCAUUGGCUACAAUGUUUCCCAGAAGGGAGUUUACCAAAGAAGAUUAUGGAAAGAAAUUAUUGGAACUAGAGCUUGCACCAAGUGCUUCAAUAGUAUUGUUGCCGGCGGGAAGACCUGCUACUUCAGUAGUACAGGCAUCAGGUGGAGAUCUUUGGAAAUUCUUGGGCAUAAUACUGUAUCCACUCAUAGCUGGCUGGAGGUUUAUUAGCAACUUCUUAUUUACCAGCUCUCCCCCCUUGCAACCUACAGUAAGAGCAGGACAUCAACAAGAACAUUCAAAUCCUUCACCAUCUACCACUAUGGAGCCAAGCAGGCAAGUAGUCAGGAAACGAGUACUGGAAAAGCGUGGGGAGGACUUUAAAAAAGAAGGAAAAAUUUACAGAUUGAGGACUCAAGAUGAUGGAGAAGAUGAAAACAAUACUUGGAAUGGAAAUUCCACCCAACAAAUGUAAUUUUGAGUAACUGGGCAAUAAUCAUUGCUUUUCUUAUUUGAUUUAAUGAAACUAAAAGUUCUGAUGGAUAGUGGAGCUUAUGGGUUACACUUCCUGAGCUAUAAUACUUCAGUUUAAUUUUUCAUGGGAUAUGAAAUAAAGUGCUAUGCUAUUUAAUAUGGUAAAAGUUUAAAGCAUUUGAAACUUCUAUCAGCAUUUACUAGCCCUACUGCCAUCUUGGAAGGCAUUUUUUAAUCUAGGACUAUUCUGUUACAGCAAUCUAAGACCCAGCAUUAAUAUGAAGUUCUUGGUAGGCUAAUGAGUGAGUAAGUUGAGCGUGUCAGAAGCAUUAGGUAGCAGAUCAGAUAUUUGUUUAAUUUUCUCUUGCUUCUGCAACUGCCAGCAAAACCGUGUAGUUUUUAAUCCCCAAGCACUCAAUAAACUGUUUUUCAAAAAACAAUUUUGUAUAAAAUUUCUCUGGGGGAUAGUGUUUUAUAGAGUAUUCCUUUUAUGUACACUUAACACAAAGAAAACUACACUUACUUCAUACAAUCCAAUGGAUUAUGUCCCUUAUUUCCUAAUGAUGUUUUGCUGUGGAGCUGCUUAACCAUCUACAAUUUCAAGACUUUAGCAGCUGCAAGUAACUCCAGGAUAUUGCUAAGUUAGAUCUAGUCUCCCACCUACCUGUACAGCCCAGGUAAAGUGGAACAUCUAAGGGACUGUUACGUUAUUACUGCUUAGUACCAUGGAGAGAUCCUUUGCCCAGAGCAUUUACAAUAGCUCCCAUACAGUAGCUUUCCUUCAAACUAACGGAGAACAAAGUGGAGUUCUUAACAGCUUCCUGCAAGAGAAGCUGUGUCUACACCCAAGAACUACUAAAGGUCAGGGUUGCACUGGUUUAAUUAAAGGUGUGAUAAGUGUAUCCCCAAGUUUCAUCAGUUUAUCAUCAUGCCUUUAGUUUAACUAGAGCAACUUCUAUGUACAAACUCUUAAUAUUUAACUUACCUCUUUUGUACUUAAUGCAAAUGAACUUGUUUACCUUCUGUUUUACUUUGGACAGAGAUGAAAAAACACUGUUGCCCAAGAACUAUUAGUAGCCAGGCUGAAAGAUUAUUAGACAGCUUAAUUUUUCAAAUAAAAGCAAAGGGACUCCAGCUUUAAAUGAAAGAAUGUUUAAUAAGGAGGAAACCAACUUUGAAUGGAUAGGGUGAGUGAUGGAAGCAAACAAAAUACAUACAAAACUUGAAAUUUGGUUGUGGUAAAAGUAAGUAUAGCAAACACAUUUUUUUUAGAUCUGUGUAAGUGCUUAGUACAAAAACUCAGCAAAGCUUCAAUUCAUUUUAUCUAAAAUUUUAACUUUUUCAAUUGUCACAUGGAUGUUCAAACCAAAGUCUGUUCCUACUUCUACACUGUGUUAACUUCAACAGCGUUUAGAACCUUGGCAUGUAAAAGACCAGCAUUAGAGGUUUUAAAAUAUUAACGGGAAAAAUAAGCACAGUAAGAUGUAAACUACAUCAUCAGUCUAAUCAACUUUUUGAAAAGCUUUGUUUGAAUGCAUUCCAAUUUUGUAAUAGUUUGAGCUUGCCAAAGCUUAGCUUUUUUUAUGUACACCCAUUUUUAAAAUCAAAACUAACCAACCAACUAGCACUUACAACUAUUUAAGUUAAGAAGUUCUUUCAUCUGUUGUCCCUAGCUUACAUUAAGAGUAGCUAACAACUACAGGUGGUAUUGUGUAUCUGGCCCUCAAGACUUUAAAGAAGGGAACAUCUUGCAUUGCAUGCACACACUUCAAAAAUGUACGUUUUACUUAACUCUAUCCUGAUGGUUUACUCACUCUUUUAGAUAACUUUCCAUAUUUGUAUGAAAAAAGAGCAAGUCCUAACACACCAAUCAGAGCAAAAGCAAAUAGCACAUACAGUCCUACUUCUGCAUUCAGUGAAGUUAAAUCUAAUCCCAGAAAUUGUACUUUCCCACUGGAGGCAUUGUGCACAGGCUCCAUUGUGCUGGCAGUUGGUGUAGUAGUACCUGGGAAGACAAAAAUUGAAUGGCAUCAAUACCUCUUAUGAACUACUUCAUGUACACAACUAUUUGAUUUCUCCUCACUUAUUGAGGGCUCUUUGGGGGCAGCUAAUCAGUAUACUGUCUUACAACAGGUGGGGGAAGAUAGAUUAGUAAUUGGUCAUUUUAAUUUGGACAUUUAAGACAAUUCAAAAAGGAGAUCUACCCCUCACA